AUGCCUGUGUACGACGUGGCUGCCAGGAAGAAGCGUCCUGCGGUCGUCAAGCCAAACAUCACACCAAAGGGGGUAGCUGCGAAAACUGAAGCAAAGAGUAAAGCUAAAGUAGUCUUUAAUAAUAAAAAUCAAACUAAUACGGAAGAUGAAAAACCUGCGGCGGUUGAGUUCAGUGAGCCGGCGCAGUGGGUGGAGCGGAUGGCAUUGACAUCGACAAAGUCGUUGCCAGCGGACCUCAACGCCGACGAUGAUCCGAAGCGGGAGGAGGUCUUUAUCCAGCAGGCCCUGUUGUCCGUUUCACGUGGCCUUUCCCUCCUGGAAAAGGCUGAUGUGCCGUGGAAGCGUCCCGCUGACUACUACGCGGAGAUGUUUAAGGACGACGUGCAGAUGAGUCGUAUUGCGGCGGCAAUUGAAACUUUCAAGACCCGCAUUGAGGCCCAGGCCCACCGGCGUGCCAUGAAGGACCAGAAGAAGUACGGUAAGGAGGUCCAGGCGGAGGUGCUGCGCCAGCGGGCCAAAUAUAAGCGGGAUAUGGGAGAACGCCUCACGGAGUGGCGGCGCAAGCGGAAGGGUAACGAAGAGCUGCGCGAUAUCCUGGACGACGGUGAUGCCACCGGCGGCGGCGGAAGUGGAGGUGCUGCUCAGCGGGCAAGAACGCCAAAGCAGAAGGGCUUGCGCCCUGGAGGCGGUGGCGGUGCGAAAAAACGCCCUGGGAAGAACGCCCGUCGCAGGCGGUAA